CAUCCUUGGCAGGUAAAGUUAGAACCACAUAGAAGAAAGAAAAGUCUUCACGGUCUUCAUCGUUUUCCUUCUUCUUUUUCCAGACACCUUCCGCUGCAUCAUUUAAAAGCACUCUUCAGUUUUGUAAUGAGUUAAGCAAUAACAGUAGCUAAUAAUCUCUCUGGCCCGAGGCUAGAGCAUAUUGCUUAGUCUUCUCUCGCAGCCAGCUUCCUUCCUCUUCUUGAUCAGGUAACUUAAAGGAUUCCAAAUGAGGAAACAUUUGAAAAGCGAGAAAUCAAGUCCAAGACAUGGAAAAUAUAAUCACAAAUCUGGCUGGUUAGCUGGAAUGCUUCAUGUUCUUGACUUUCACAAUUGGAGAACUAAGAACCGUCCAAUCUGUUGGAAGACCCCAAGAACUCAUUCCUUGGUGCGUGAAGCUGAUGAACAAGAACCAUUUCUUGAUUCUAAAAACGAAGAUUCAAAGAUUCCAAGUGUUGCUGCGGAGGAUCCAACGAGACAACUGAAGAAGCUGAUGACAACAAAGCAAGUAAACGAAUACGUUGAUUUUCUUGAAAUCCUGAACAAGGAAGAUGUUUUUGUCAAUAUACUAAAAGACCCAAACUCGGAGUUUGAUAAGCAAGUGCAGAUCAAGACUAGUCCAAGAGUUUUACCCAAGUCAGGCUCGUAUCCUCUGUCUGGCUCUUCACGUCCCGCUAGAAUUGAGCACAAGCAGAAAGAGAAUUGGUAUGCUCCAAAGCAGAACGCUGCCGUUUUGACUUUUAAUGUUUCAACAGACGCUUCUGAGGAACAUAAACCAAUCGUACCUUCUCAUGGCUCAGCUGUAAUAAAUGGAUUCAGAAAAAUCAAGAAGUUGCUCAAGAACACACUGAAAGACCGAAAGCAAAUGAAGAAGAAUGAGAAGUGUGUAGCAGUCUCAAAAUAUGAUUCUGUGGAGAGAUAUUCUCUUCUCUUGGAACAGAGUUUUAGAGCAAGAGGUGGUGACUUGCGUUCCAAGAGUUUAAAACUUUCACAUGAAGAGAAAGAGAGAGCUUUGAGAGAUGAGAAUAAACCACAAUUCUUCAGACGUGUUUCGUCAUUGUCAGGCCUUGAAGUUCUUGGUUCAUUUCUGACCGAACUUCCCCGAGACAGUUCUGCAAGGAAAUCUGUAGACCUAGAUACUAACUUGGGACCAAAGAAAUCUUUAUUGUUACCAGAGACUCUGGUAAGGACAGAGAAGGAAGAAGAAAAAGAUGAGGAGCAAGAGGAGAGAAGCCAAGAAGAAACAGAGACUUUAAUCUCACCAGGUUUAGGUUUAAACUCUCUAGAAAAAGAAGAUGAAGAUGUGUACUUCUGUUAUGUAAAGAAGGUUCUAAAACUUUCAGGCUUCCUUGAAAACGAAUACAAGGAAGUAAAAUGGUACUCAGAGGAACAACCACUGGAUCCAUCACUACUCUACGAACUCAACAUACAAGAACAAGAAGAAGUGAACAAAGAGCUUCUCUUUGAUUUGGUUAACGAAGCAAUCACCGAGACUCGCAACCAAUCACACAUAUAUUUCCCUAAAACAUUGUCUUUUGCGUAUCCAAAGGGGAAACGUUUUCUUGAUGAGGUCUGGAGAAGAGUCGAGUGGAGCCUCUUAGGGUUAGGAGCUCAGGAUAGUGAUCGUUCAUUGGAUGAUAUUGUGGGAAGAGAUUUUACAAAGGGUGAUGGAUGGAUGAAUCUUAGAGGUGAAUCUGAAUGGCUGACUCUUGAGCUAGAAGAUCUGAUUUUUGAUGAAGUUUUAGAUGAAAUGCUCUGUGGUUAUUAGUAGUUACAGUUACAAAGUUCUGUUGGAGUGAUUCAGUUAGAUCUUUUUCCUCUUUUGUUUUUUUUUAAUAUACAUGUAUAUAUGUUGAGUGAUACAUAUUCAAGAUGUCAUGCAGUUUU